UCGUCUGCUCCUAAAAUCGUCGCCGGCACCCCGUCCGUCAGUUCAUUCCGAUUACUCAGCCCACCUUGGUUCGCUUUCACUCCAUUCCUUCAGUUUGUCGUUUUCAAGAACAGAACUUUUUUGAUUGGUUUCUUCUGUGUAUUGUGUCCGUUCGCAAGGGAUUCUGUCUUCACCAAAUACACACAUUCCGUUCCAGAAAAAAAAAAAGUACAUUUUCGUUUGCCGGUCCCUUGUUUUGCGGCGCAGAAAAGGAAGAAGCAGCACUCUCUCUCUCUCUCUCUCUACAGAAGCAAAACGCUCGCCAAAACGUCAAAUUUUACCGCAUAAAAAGUCUUCCAGGAACAUCAUCUUUCAUCUGUCAACUUCGUCUCACCUCAUCUCUCUUUUGGUCGAGGGCUCAGCCUCUUUUCAGUCGCAAAAACGGAGUUGGACGAACAAUUGGACGAGACAGCCGGCCUCAUGAACGGAAUGGAGGGCGGCGGUGGCGGUCAGCAGAAUGGUGGGUGCGAGGACUCCAAGACGAACUUGAUCGUCAACUACCUGCCCCAGACCAUGACCCAGGAGGAGAUCAGGUCACUGUUCUCCUCCAUUGGGGAGGUCGAAUCCUGCAAACUCAUUAGGGACAAAGUCACAGCAGGUCAGAGUCUGGGUUACGGAUUCGUAAAUUACGUUCGAGCUGAAGAUGCAGAGAAAGCUAUCAACACUCUCAACGGCCUGCGCCUGCAGAAUAAAACAAUUAAGGUGUCGUAUGCCCGUCCGAGCAGCGAAGCCAUCAAGGGUGCCAACCUGUAUGUGAGCGGCCUUCCAAAGGCGUUCACUCAACAGGACUUGGAGGCUCAGUUCUCCCCGUUCGGGCGCAUUAUCACCUCUCGAAUUCUGUGUGAUAACAUCACAGGUAAUGGAGGCGGCUUGUCUAAAGGCGUUGGAUUUGUUCGUUUCGACCAGAGAAUGGAAGCUGAACGUGCCAUAAAGCAUCUUAACAACACCGUACCCGAAGGUGCCACGGACCCUAUCACUGUGAAGUUCGCCAACAACCCUAGCAACAACGUGAAGGCCCUGGCUCCUCUGGCUGCCUACCUGUCGCCCCAGCGCAGGUUCCCAGGGCCCAUACACCACCCUGCUAACCGCUUCAGGUAUAUACCUGUGACUCCUGCUGUUUCGUCAAGGUAUUCUCCACUUGCUGGAGAUCUGUUGGCCAAUCCUCUGCUUGCUGGUACUGCCAUUAACGGUUCUGGCUGGUGCAUCUUUGUCUACAACUUAGCUCCAGACACUGAAGAGAAUCUUCUGUGGCAGUUAUUUGGCCCUUUUGGAGCUGUGCAAAGCGUCAAGGUCAUCAGAGAUCUCCAGACCAACAAGUGCAAAGGAUUCGGAUUCGUUACCAUGACUAACUACGACGAAGCACUGGUUGCCAUCCAGAGUCUAAAUGGGUAUACUCUGGGCAAUCGCGUGCUUCAGGUGUCCUUUAAGACAAACAAGUGCAAAUCAUAAACACUGACGAUGACCCAUAUAAUGUUUGACAUAAACGCUACCUCGAUUGUCGGAAAAAAAAUUCUAUCAAAAUUAUUCUAUUAACGGUCUUUAUAAUUUUUAAUUUUCAAAAUUAAAAAAAUUACUUUUUGAUCAAUUAAUUUUUGAAUGGAGGACCGUGACGAUUAUAUCUUAUAAUUAUUAUAUUUAUUUUUGAUCUAACUUAUUUCUAGUCAUUUUAAAAGUGAAAAUUUGUAAGAAAAUAUAGUUGCUAAUUAAUAUAUGCACUUUUUUGAACUUAUUCUUUAGUGCUUUUUAUUUUCUCUCAAAUGAGAGUCAUUAUUUAUUUAAUGACUUGUAGAUCCUCCUAAUCUGAUUAAUUCUUCCUCCUGUUGUAUGACGUUUGUUUAAAACUGCUAUUAUUUGAUUUUUUUUAAUCAAAAAUCAUAAAAAUUAAGUAAAAAUCGGAAAAGAUAAUUAUAUAAGUUUUAUUUUAAUGUAUUAAUUCCCAACAAAAUACAGCGGAUUUUGAUUUGAAAAUUUUAAAAGUAAUUCAUAAAGAUAGUAAAUAAUUUUAGUUGGAACUACAGAAACAUUUUAACAUUCAUUCACUUAAUAAGUGAAAUUCAUACAGAAUUUUAAAAGUUAUUUAUAUUCCAGUCUUUGUUAGACCCAUGUUCAGAAUUUGGUUUGUAAAGUAAUUUAUGUAAAUAUUGAAUGAUUUAAUUGCAUAUUGUAAGUGAAAUUAUAAAUAAGAUACAAUCAUCUGUUAGAUUUCAUCAUCUGAUGGAUCAACAUUCUGCCAUAAUUCAUGCACUCAUUUAAAAGUCAGAAAUAUCAUCAUAUUUCAUUGUAUUUAUUUUUAUAUUUUUAUGAAAUGUUAUUAUCUCUACUUAAAUAUGAAAAAAAUAUUUAUAAUAUAUAACUUCAAUUACAUAUCGUUGAUUUUACUGAUUUUUUUUAUAAAAAGUUAAUAUUAUGAUUUUGAUUUAAAAUUUAGUUUUUCUAGUCUACGCAUUUAGUUUUUUUUAAUUAUUAUUAUUUCAAAUGAUUUAUCUUAAUUUAUAAGUAUUUUUAGUUCGUUUUGAUUUUACUUUUGCAUGGUUUUGUAUUUUAGUUUGCUUUAUUUGCGAUGUAGAAUUCUUUUUGGAAAUUAAACUUUUGUUGAUUUUGAUUUGGUGUUAAAUAUUUUUGAGUUUGUUUUUUUUUUAAAUUUUUUUUUCACCUUUUUAUUUUUUGCAUGUAUCCGAACAACCAAACGUAAAUGUGCAUGUUAAUCAAAUUACUUAUAAUUUUUUUCAGAUUCAACGAAAAUUCAGAAUUUAACUACUUCAUUAUCAUACUAACCUCCUUCACUAUUUACAUAAAUUACAUUUUUAUUUUACUUGUUUUUCUCUUUCACUUCAAUGAUAUUUGAAUUAUGUCAUGAAAAAUUUUCUCAUAUAUUAUCAUACUAUUAUUUCUGUGUUAUUUCUAAAGAAACAAUAUUACUUAAUGCUCAAUAAUGUUUUGUAACAAUUUUGGCCGGGCUUUAUGCAAUGGAGUCGAAAAAUUUGAUAUAAUUUUCAAGAAUUAAUAUCUUUGUAUCAAAGUACUUUAAAGUACUACCCAUAGAAAAAUUUUUCCAAAAUGCAAAUAUUUUUAAUGAUUAUUCUUUUCUAACAAAGGUAGUUCCAACCAUUCAUUAAAAUUGAAUAAUUCGUAUUACAUAUUGAUAUCAUCUGCUCAUUUUUAAAUGCAAUAAAGGCUGGACAAUUCUCAACUCCCAACAUUAAUUUAAAAAUGCAUAAUCUGAAGACCUAAUUCUUGAUUUAAAUUAUUUUGAAUCUAUUAUUCCCUUAAUAUUUUAUAAUAUUUCAAAAAAAAACAAAACACGUGUAGUUUUCAUAAAAGCUGAAAUCUAUGAAGUUAGCUAUGGUUAGUUUUUAGGACUAACCAUAGCUAACUUUUUCAGCUAUCUGUUGCUAAAACAGAAUCAGAUCAGGAAGACUACAGGUAUAAUUAGCAAAAGCAUUUUAUUACCUUAUUUAAAUCAAUUAAAUAUUAUCAUUCUUUUCCUAUAAACUGCCAUUAAUUGUUUAAUUUUGCCUUUUUUUUUCAAAUUUCCAGCCUUUAUUGACAUAUUGUAGUUGAUUUGGGGAGGAAUUAUGUGCCCAAUCUUCCAUAAUGAUGUGGCAAUAAUUCUAUGAAGAUAUACAUUGCCUGCUUUUUUGACAUAGGCUCUCAUAACUGGUCACAUGUAAACUGAUUUGUCUGUCGUUCCUAAGUAAAGUUAAUGCUAAGAUAUGUGCUAAACCAGAAUCAUUAAGGUUGUGGGACAUGUUGGAAUUUAUAAUUGAAGACGUACUGCACUUGCACUCGUGAAAGUAAACUAGUGCUUUGCAAAACAUAUUUGGACAAACACAAUAUUUUUCAUUUUUAAUGUUUCGAUGUGAAUCAAAUUCACUUUUUCAUUAAAAUUCGUAAAAAUUGUUUAGUGAAAUUCACAAGAACUACACCACACGUGUUUCAUUCAUUUUUUUUAAAUACACGGCAUAUUCAGAAAGAAUCUGGUAUCACAUUUAGCUUCCUGCACAGUGCAUAUGCGAUUUCAAACUUAUUAUUUAUCUGAUGAUUCUAAAUUUGGCACACUAUGACACGCAAAAAAAGUUUGUUGAGAAAUUAAGAGCUUACAAAAUAUCGAAGCGCAUUAUUUGACUCUAAAUGAUGCUUCCAAAUUCUUAUCCAAAAAAAGAAACAUCUUAAAAAAAAUUUAAAGAACUUUUAACUGUAACCAAGUUCUAUUUUAGAAAAAUCACGUGAUCAAGUGUAGCACGCUUUGGGGACAUGUAUACUUAUAUAAAUAUAUAAAAAAAAAAAAUCGGAAAUUGUAUAUAAGCUGGUGUACCAUUUUAAAACUUUUUUGAUACAAGGUACUGUUAUGUGUCAUUCCCUCUGUAUGUUACAGGGUUUGAAUAGUUGUAGUUUAAAACAGUUGUUCGAAAACAAUUUGUCCCAAACGUGACACUUCGACAUCAAUCAGAUUAAGAGUGAUCUUGGAUUAUGUCUCAUUUCACAGGUUACCUCUGUAAUAAAAAAAAAUCAAAGAUUUUUUAUUUAAUAAAACAAAUAUUUGAGGAAGGAAUAAAUCUUAUAAGAUUCUUUUGUAAUGUGCGUGGUUAAAAAUAACUUUUUUUUUCAAAUUGGAGUUACUACAGAAUCAGAAAUUUCCGGCGUCAUUUUUUUAUGACGAAUAUUGGUUAUUGGGAGGUAGAAUUAAAAGAAACAUAUAAUUGAUGUGAAGUUUUAUAUUAAUCUUAAAAGCUACAAAAUGCGUUCUUGGCUUGCCAAUUUUGACAUUUUUUUUUCCAAAAUUAGAUGAAUAAUUUAAAUAUUUUUAGGGAAUAAUUCAAUUAUAAAAAAAAAUAAUACAGAAUUGUGAUAACAUUUUUGGGGAAGAAUGAAAAUUGCUUAGUAGUCGUAUCAUUAAGUCUUGGCCGCGGCCUAUGAAAUGAUGAUAUAUCUAAGAUUUCCUAAAUUUCCACAAGCAUAGACUUCCUCCGAUGUGUUUUUUGUGACUUUUCCUUCUUCUAGUUUUGCUACAGAGGAACCAUUUUUGACAUCCUUGCUGGUGCUCGGUCUAUCAAUAUCGCAGGUGCUCCUAAGGUGUGUUCAAAGGCAACACACCACUGUACGCGAUUUCUGCUAAAUGUUUACGAGACUUUUUCAGUACAUAAUUGAAAACUAAAAAAGUCAAUUUUUAUAUGAAUGAAUCUCUCUCUAUAUAUAUUUAGAAAUAUAUAUAUAUAAAUAUAUAUUAUAUAUAUUCUUGUUCGUAUACAUCACAAUAACCAAUGAUGGUCGUUUAUCAAGGAUGUUGUAAUAAUAUUGCCUUUUACUUUGUAAUGCUAAAUGAACUGGAACUAUUCCAGGUGAACAGAUGGUGUGAGUUCAAUUUGACAGUGGGUUCAUUAAAUUUCAGUUUAUUGCAAAUAUAUAUGUGACUGUGUUUAUAAGGGAUGAUAAUUUUUGUCAAAAAUACUUUGGGUGUUUAAGUUUUAGUGAGAGAAAUAAGAUCUGGUUAGAAAUUGAAUCUAUGCUUUCGUAAAAUGCAAGCUCAUUUUGUGUAUGAUAUAUCUCUUUAGUCUUCAGAUUUCUCUUAAAUUGAAAUUCGUGUUGAUUUUCAUAUUCUUAAAAAGUUCAAAUUUCAGAAAUAAAAUGGAAAGCAAUAAAUUCCAAAUACCUAUGUCUAAAAUGAUUUCAAAUUCUUUGAUAAGAAGAUGUGCUUUGAGGUUUUCAUAUUUGUAAUGAUGGAUGCUGAAUAAUUUAAAGGUCAAAUUAAAAUUUAUUUGCAGUUUUAUGAAAUUUUAUAUUUAGAGCUAAAGUAAUCAUACCAUCUCUUCACCUGGGAUGUUAAAGGUUUUAAACAAACUUUUGAUUAAAGUUUUUUACUAUCGGUAUAAAUAUACCUGUUGUGAUGUAAAUGGUCCCAGUUUUCGAUAUUUCGUUUCAAACUGGCAUUUUUAGAGACGAAAUAAGUCGCCAACUUUCACAGGCAAUAAUAUUGUACGGAACUGUUUAGAGGUGUGACGAAGAGUGCCGAGGAGUAAUGCUUUGUUCUAGAAAGAACAGAAGCGCGCGUGCGAGAGAAUUCUAUUAUUUUGCCUUGUCGCUUUUCCAAAUCCAGAGUCAAAAUUUUAAUACCAUCUCGGUUUCAAAUCAAUUCAAACAUUUCAUUUCCUCACUGUACUGCCGGUUAACUCAAUUGCACAAUUUUAAUGAACGUGAGGUGACAGAAAAUUCACAGAAAAUGCUUUAAGAUUUUAACAUGUGAUAACCAAAAGAAGGCGACAGAAACCAAUGUCGAUAAAAUUCUGUAUUUUUACGAUAUAUUCGAUGUGGACUUUUAGAUUUAGCGACAAGGGAGAUCGGUAAAAUAAAGGCCAUUUCAUAGCCUUUUGGUGCAACAGUAGUAGUGGAAGAUUGUUUGUUUCAAGUGAACGAGGAGAUGUAGAGACGAGAGGAGGGAAAAAAAAUAAAUAAAAUGUUGUUAUUGUUGUUCACUUAAAAAAAAAAUUGUGUAUCGCACAGAAGUAGGGUAGAAGCAGAAUGUUGACUAGUUAUGUUUGGGCAAAUAAAAAAAAUAAAAGUGAAAAGUGAUCAACAACCGAAAUCAUAAUCACGCACUAGUUUUUAUGUGUAUAGAACGCGACUCUCUCUUUUAAUGUGGCCUUUUGGUUUCAUUACCCCUGCACUGCUUGUUUGAAAUCUCGAUUUUAAAACUCAAUUCUCAAAGUAUUGAAAGCUUCUCUGUAUCGUUGAGAAAACAGAGCUCAUUGCUUUGAAGAAUUCCAAUAAGACAUUGCGACAUGAGUGAAAAAUAUUCAGCAGAAAAAACAAAAGCAACUUUCUGAGUAAAAAUUUCGACAGUUGAUCUCAAAAUAAAAUUUGAGAUUGUUAUUCAUAGCGCCAAAUGAAAUUUUUGUAAUUUGGAAUAGCCAUUAAGAAUUAUGAAUAAAUAUUCCAAAUCAUCAAACUAAUAAAAAAUGUAGAAUUAAACUGGCAUUCUGGUAAGAAAAAAAUGUGAACAUUAUACUGUUCCAGGUAAGCGCUUAGGAAUUAUUAAGAGAUAAAAAAUGCAUCAUAAAAAGUGCGGGUUAAAAUGGUGAAAUUUUUGUUCAAAUUUAAAUUAAAUAGGUACAAAAAAAAACAUUUUUCUUAUUUUGUUUGGAAAAAUGUCGCACUAUGAAUUUAAUGGAAUUAAAUACCUUAAAUGUUUUAUUUACAUUAACCGUAAGUAUUCAAACAGUAAGUUGUUCCGGAAAUUUAGCUAUCGUUUUUAAAUCUGUGUAAAAUUUAAUAAUAAAUACUUUAUAUAAUAACUCUCUAUGCCAUUCAUAAAGAAUGCAUAACUGUUAAAUGAGGAAAAAAAAUGCAAGAAUAAAAAUUUGUAUUUUGUUUACACUCUGAAUAUUCUUAACUCUCUAAAUACUCAAAUACGAGAUGAACUAAUACAACAGUUCUUAUCAAUACUAAAAAAAUGAAUCAACGAGACAUCUUUUGCGACUAUGGAAAUAUCUAAUGCGAUGUUUUCCUUUUAAAUGGCAAAAAAACCGAAAUCAAUUGGUUUUUAUUGGAUGAAUCGCAUAAUAAUAGCAUGUUUCUAAUGUUAGAUGGUAUCAUUUAUUGCAUUGAAAAUUGCGAGCGAAAUUCAACAUUCUAUGUGCGUAUGCCAUUUUUUAAAGCUUGCGAUAAGUUUGCUACCAUUGUACAUUAGAUACUUAAAAUUUUUCGGAUAAGUUCUAAGCGGAUUAUCUUCCUUAUAUCUAUUCCAACCUGGCGGCCAAGUUUAUGGACGCCAUUUUUACCACUAUACCGCUGGAUUAGUUGUAAAUACCUCAAUGAAAUGACAAUUUUAGAAUUUUCGAGGAUUUGUUCGAUAUAUGAUCAGUUUUUUCUUAGGCUAUCCCUACUUAGUCUUUUCUUCUAACUGUUCAUAUAUGAUAUAAUUUAUUUUCUAACUUUUUUCUAAAUGUGAGAUUAUAAUGAUAUAUUUAGUGCUAGGUUUCUCCUUAGCUUUUUCUGAGCACUUUGUGAAUGAUGAUUAUAAACAUUCCAUUUAUAAAUAUAUUACAUACUAUUUAUAACCUCUAGUCAUGAUUAUUCAUUAUUUAUUAUUGAUUGCAGAAACAUACUAAAAUUGAAAUAAAAGGGUGUUCGUUAUUUUUAUAUAUACAGGUUUAACUCUCAAUAAAAACAUUCACAUGUAUAAACUGUUACUGUUUUCGAAAAGUUAAUUCCCAUUACUUAAACGGGAGCUGAUUAAUUAAAGUGCUCAUUAAUCAAAUUACUAUUUUUCAUUGAAUUUAAAAUCCCUCAUUAUCCUGAACUAAAAGCUAUAGAUUCGAUUCAGUACGGGUUUUAGAGGAUUUGAUGUGUUUUUCUCAAAAUUAAAGAAAAGAAGGAGAUGACUAAGAAGUCGUUUAUAGCAGUUGCAUAAAGUACAAAUACAUUCAGAAUCUCAUGUACAAACAGUCGCUCAAAACGUUUCGGAUAUAUUUACGUUUCCUUUUAUACGAUGUAUAAUUAGAAAUAGAUAAUUAAAAUAACAAGGACUAAAACAGCACACCGUAAUUUCAAUUCUGGGAUAUUUCUGCCGUCUCCUAUUUAAUUAACUUAUUGUAUUUAUCGUUAUUUAUUCCUGAUAUUCCACGUUAAUAUAUUUAUUUACUUCUUCGUGCUUCUUGGAAACACACUCGAGAUUUUUCAACAAAUAAGAAUGAGAGUGGUCUAAGUAAAAUAUAUAAAAAAAAAUGUAGAGGCUAAACUUAUGUGUACUUAUUAUAUGUUUAAUUGCUUUAUUUGUUUUUAAAACUGUACAUUUUGUAGCAUUUUCAGUCGUAUUUUUCCUGAUGCUAAGUAUGUAAUUUGUAAAUGUUGUCUUGUUUUCAAUGGAUCUGUGGCGUUUUUACAAUUAUUUGUGCAUGUGUAGGUAUACUAAGUAUAGAAACUAUUCGUUUUAUUGUUAUUUAUUAAGCUCACUUAGAAGCUUCUAGUGUCAAAUUUAUGAUGUACUUAAUUUAUUACUUAUUAUCAUGUGAUUGCAUACUUUUCAAUAUGUUGAUGUAGAAUUUGGUCACAAAGUAACAGUUUCUAUACAAGCUCCCUAAACUUAUACAGUAAUAAGAUUAAGUACCUACAACUCCAUCGGCUUUUUUGCAUAUUUCUGGUAAAACAAUGGAUUAAUAUUUCAAAAUUAAUGUUAGGCGGCAUAUAGUUGAGAUCUGAUCGCCCAGAAAAAAAUAUAUUCCAUUUAUGCUCUAUAAGUAAAAUUAUAUAACUCUUAUAUUUAGGAAAAAAUACAUUAAUCAUAAAAAUUAUUCUACCAAGUUUAAUAGUGAUCUUUAGCAUUCAAGUAACGCAAAAAAGUUUAGGUGCUGAUGAGAAACUGAUACUUCGUCUUGCAUUAUAUUAAACAUUUGUUUCAAUUUUGCAAAUUUCAAUGUUAGCCACUCCGAGCAGUUUUAAUAUGCAUUUGCUUAUCAUGAUUUAUAAUUCGCUUUUUUCAACAGGAGUCUGUAUCAAAUACUUUAAGAAUGUUAAAAGUUACCAGGUUGAAACUCAUGUGCUGAAAAAAAAAUAACAAUCAGUGUUUGUGAAAAUAACAAUACCUCUGGUAUUUAUUUGUGCAUUACAGAGAAAGUUAUUAUCAAAAUGUUGGUAAUUGACUUCCUGGUUGGAAAGAAAUGAGUCAACCUUUGGUUGUUUCUUUGUUAUUCUGAACAGACGCAAAGCAGAAAAGUUUUUCCAGGGCUGAGAGAUUUCAGCGAACUUCUGGUCUUUCAUCUAAAAUAAUUUCAAUUUAAAUGAAAUAUGUUGUAUUUCUAUCAUUUGGAAUAAUUAUGUUUUAUUUUAUUUUUAACUUCGUUGCUAAAAAGUGAUUCUUUAAAUUAAUGAAAUAAGACAGAAGUGAAUAGGUUGUCGAAAAUCGCCCGCUCUAAGUGCUGGAAAGCCACAGGUUGUGCUGAUGCUGAUGAUAUAUAAAAAAAAAGGAAAAACAAACUGCGUAGGGUGAUUGUCUUGCAAAUAUUUGUACUUUUGCAUGUUAAAAAAUUCAAUAAAUUUCCGCCUAUUGGGAAACAAAACGA